AAACAAACAAACAAACAAACCUCUCUCUCUCUGCUCGAUCGUUGAAGCUGAAAGAAGAACCUGAAAGAUGGGGAAGGACGCAAAAGCUGGUGGGAAGGGUAAGGGAAAGCAAGCCAGUGGCAGUGAUGAAGCUCCCUCCAAGGGCAAAGGCAAAUCAGGAAAAGCUGCUGAUGGUCUAGGAACAUGCACCUAUGUUAAAGCGAGACAUGUUCUGUGCGAAAAGCAAGGAAAGAUCAACGAGGCCUACAAAAAGUUGCAGGAUGGUUGGUUGAGCAACGGAGACAAGGUUCCUCCUGCUGAGUUUGCCAAGAUUGCAGCAGAGUACUCGGAGUGCCCGUCAGGGAAAAAAGGAGGAGAUCUUGGUUGGUUCCCAAGGGGUAAGAUGGCAGGUCCCUUCCAAGAUGUUGCCUUCAACACUCCUGUUGGUGUCACUAGUGCACCUUUCAAAUCUACGCACGGAUACCAUAUCAUCUUGUCGGAAGGAAGGAAGAACUGAAGAUUACAUCUCUGCUCUGGCUCUGCUCCAAUGGAAGUGACUUGCUAGUUGUUGAUGUAACCUAUAUAUAAAAAUAUAUCACAGCCUAAUUUGUUUUCUGGCCAAUAUGUUUGCUACAAAUCUUCUUUGUUGUUUUGAAUAAUGAAUUUCUUAAGGCUAUGAUACAUUUCGGUGUUGGUUUCUGUAUAGCUAAGACCUCAUUUCUGAAAUCUCAUAAGCUAUAUUGUAUGAUGUAGCUGGAGUCUUUUGUU